GUCAGUCAGUGUGCAUCAUCCUCCACUCAUCCAUCCGUCCAUCGAUGUGUCGAUCGACUGAUUCACACUUGCGUACACAAUUACAUAUAUAAUUACACACACGUGUCUGAGAGUUUGUCUCACACAGAGCACACUCACACAGAAAAACCGCGACACGCUUCACAACCAGCUGGCCGACCCAGUGGGUGGACUACACACACAAACGCACACUUCUCCGUCACUAAUUGUGCUCUCUGUAUUCCUCGUUGAUUUCUCUGCCAAUGAGGUAUCGGCGAAUCUCGGACGUCCCCGCCCCGAUCUCAUACAGCUUGGCGUCACGAAGGAAACGGCCCGUCGGGUAGUCGUUGAUGUAACCUCCACGACACACAAGGCACACAUCCAUCCAUUAUCUCAUUUAUGGUCCGUGUCUCUUCUCUCGUUCACUCACCGUUGCCGCCCAGCAGCUGAAUGGCCUGCAAAGCCAUCCAUGUGCCCUUCUCGGCACACGUGAGGAUGGCCGCGGCGCAGUCUCGCCUCGAUGCCUUGCCCUCGUCGUAGGCCUUGCUCAGCGCAUACAGGAAUGCCCUGUGCGUGAGGAGGGUGGAGUAGAGGUCUGCCAGGUGGCCCUGCACCAGCUGGAAGUCGCCGAUCUUCUGCCCGAAUUGCUCACGGGUGUUGACAUACGGCACAGCCACGUCGUAGCACGCCUGCAUGAUCCUGAUGGACCGACGAUAGAGAGGAAGGAAGAACGAUAAGACUGGCGGUGGAUCGUGUGUGGUGGUCUCCGUUACCCGAUCGGGCCUGCCGCGAGCACCAAUCUCUCUGAGUCCAAUCCUGUAUGAGAAGGCAGCACAUGGCAUCGCACCACUCUAUCGGCCUGUCUGUCCCUGCCGUGCGUACCACUCAUUAGGACCUUCACACCUCCAUUGAGGGGUCCGAGGAUGUUGGUUGCUGCACAAAUCGACGACAUCAGGUGCGAGAAUCUCUGUGACCGGUAUCGUUGUGUCUGCCUCACCAGGUACUCGGCAGUUCUCGAAAAUGAGCUCGCAGGUCUCGGACCCUCUCAUUCCUGCGGCAAACAGCACAGGUCGUGCAGUGCCAUCCGCUCUUCACUGUGGCCCUAAGGCAGUCUUACCGAGUUUGUCGAGCUUUUGGCUGGUCGAGAACCCCGGCAUGCCCUUCUCGACCAUGAAAGCCGUGAUGCCCUUCGCUCCCGCGUUGGGGUCCGUCUUGGCGUACACCUGCAUGACAGUGAAUGACAACACCCACACUUGGAGCUGUUGUUGCGUCUGCGGUGUUGGUGGGGUUGCUCACCACGAGGACGUCAGCCGAGGGUCCGUUUGUGCACCACAUCUUGGUGCCAUUGAGGAUGUAGGAGUCGCCAUCCCGGUCAGCUCGGGUCCUCAGCGACACCACGUCGCUGCCAGCACCCUGCACACCACCACACGUACCCACACGCAUCAAUCAGACUGCCGCCCGGUCCGUCUGCAUGUUGCCUGACCGGUUCUGACAUGGAGAGCGCUCCCAGCCAAGAGCCGUCAAUCAGCUUGUGAAGAUACUUUUCCUUCUGCUCGGCCGAACCCCACCUCACAAUCUGAACGCAGACACCCGCUCAAAGAAGGCAGGCACAUCACUUGCCACGGUGUUUUGACAGCUCGUCCCUCCCGGCAUGUCCGACCUGGUUGACGCACAGGUUGCUGUGUGCGCCGUAGCUGAGGGCCACCCCGCCGCUCGUUCGUGACAGUUGCUCCAUGAUGAGCACGUGCUCCAGAUACCCCAGCCCCAAACCGCCUGACACACAUGUCAGUGCGCAACUCAUCAUGCGGCGCAGGGCUGCGGACGGACGAGAGAUCUCCCAUAUGCUGUACCGAAUUCUGAUGGUGCAGUGGGACCCAGCAGACCGAACUCGCCCAUCUUCGGCAUCAGGUGCUGCAUACACAGACAGACAGACAGACGGACGGACAGACAGCGCGCGCUUCAGAAUGUAAUGAAUUCUCUCUUCCUUGCAGUGUGGCCUACCCUUGGGAACUUGUCUUCCUUGUCAACUUUGUCUGCGAUGGGCGCCAGCUCGUUGUCUGCAAAGGCCCGCACCUGCUCACGCAACUGAACGCCAUUCGAGGCCACAGAAACAACGCCAAACCAUCUUCAAUGUCAAAUGAGGCGGCUGGCUGUGUUCAUUGCAUCCAACCUGCAGCUGAUCUGCCGUAAGGAGGUUGUCGCACGAGAGAAAUGACUGUCCAUGUGUGGCGAACGUCCUCGCAGAUCCAAUUUUCGAACACGAAGAUCUCUGCGAAGCACAGCCACGAUGCAGAAGGGCUUUCGACAACGGCCCCAGCAUCGGUCCGCCUUCUGCGAGCUCCACGUAAUCUGCGAGCUCAG